AUGCGAUUCCGAGGGUACGUGCAUGCGGUGCAACGCAACUCCUCAUGCACUACGGCUUGGCACGCUUCCUGCCUGUCUUCCCCUCCGGAAUCCCUGGCUUGGCAGUGGGAGUGUCCCGAUUGCUCCGGCGAUCCUCAUGGCGGCGUUGUCGCUGAAUCCAACGAAAAUUUGGAUCUCAUGGCUGCGACUCUGACGGACGCUGAAAAGGCGAAGAAGAGGCAGGAGCUGAUGGGUGGCAAAAUCGGUGUGGAUGAAGAAGAGAACAAGGAUGCGGGAGAUGACGAUGUCGUGGCCGCGCUAGGAGCAAACCUGACUUGCAUUUUCUGUAUGCAAUUGCGUGAGAGACUUUAG